AGUAAAUUUUUAUGACUACAAUUAAAUAACAAUUUGAUAAAUAUAUAUAAACAAAUUAAAAGCGUUUCAUAUUAAGCAAAAACAACAAAGUUAACCGAAAGUGAUACUUAUUAGACAGCAGCAAUACCAAUUAGAAUAAGUUGACCAAUUUUCAUGGUUAACAAUCGAUUUUUAUAUUAUACUAAAUAUCUUGCGAAAUUAUCGAUUUGACAUAAAAAUGGUGAUAAGUUUAAUUAAUGUAGAUAUACAUACAUACACACACGUUAAGUACGCAGUUCGAAUAUGUAACUAAGAAAAAAUGAACAGCAAAGUUCAAUAAACUUUAAAUAUAUAAAAGCAACAUAUAAAACCAAUAGACAUAAUCAACUGACCCCAGUAAACUUAACAUAACAAAUUGUACUUAAUAAAUUAAAUUUAAAUAUGGAAACCGAUUUGAAAACUUCAAUUAAUGGCACAACAACAACAAAAAAUCCAACACUUGUAAGCACCGCUAACUCAAUGAAUACUAUAAAAACAGUUACGGAAUCCAAUGCUGCACAAGCAACUCCAGUUGGGUGCUAUGGUGGUAGUGGCAACAGUGUUAACGAUAAGGGUACUGGUAAUGCCGGUGGCACAACAUCGCACAGUGAAAAACCGGAAAAACAUUUAGCUCGUGUUGAUUUUGAUGCUUAUGGUGAUAGCAUCGCUUUGCUAGCUGGUGAUGAUUCGGAUUAUACCCCACCACCAUCACCGUUAUCUUCUAUUGGUUAUGCCCCACCAAUGGAACCCAAAAAACGACGUUGGUUAUCAUCAUUACACAGUGUAAUUUUCAUUAUUACCUGUGCGCUAGCUGUAUUCAUUGUAUUUCGGAACGUUCUUACUUGGCAUUUGCAAAGCUUCUGGGGUGCAUCGGGCGAUUUCUGGCAAGCACAAUGGGAUAAAUUUAUCGAUAAAACAGGUGAUGAUCCCAUGAUGCUUUGGGUUUUCGGCAGCACCAUAUUCUCAAUGAUAGUCUAUUGGUUUGUUGGCGGCAUUUACAUAUUCAUGGAUAUGACUAAUCGGCCAGCAUUCUUGCGCAAAUACAAAAUUCAACCAGGCACGAAUGAACCUGUUGAGACCGAACGUUUAAUGAAGGUUAUGUGGCGUGUAAUUAGCAAUCAAGUAUUUGUCGGCAUCCCUUUCGCUUUCCUCAGCUAUAAACUGAUGACGCUGCGUGGUCCCAACUCGAUACGUGAAUUACCUACAUUCCACUGGGUGUGCGUAGAACUGACCGUGUGCAUUCUAAUGGAGGAGCUCGGCUUCUACUACUCACAUCGGCUUUUGCACAACAAACAUAUUUACAAAUUCAUACACAAACAACAUCACGAGUGGACAGCGCCAAUAGCGGUGACUGCAAUUUAUUGCCAUCCCAUAGAGCAUAUCUUCAGCAAUCUGUUGCCGCCAUUCCUGGGCGUUUUCCUAAUGAACACACACGUGGCUACGGCUUGGAUGUGGUUCGCGCUGGCUAUUUUAUCGACACUCAACGCACAUUCCGGCUAUCAUUUGCCAUUCUUCCCGAGUCCGGAGGCACAUGAUUUCCAUCACUUGAAAUUCAACAAUUGCUUUGGCGUGUUGGGCGUUUUGGAUCGCCUACAUGGCACCGAUAUUCUAUUCCGCGCCACCAAGUCCUAUACGCGUCACAUUAUGAUGUUGAGUUUCGUGCCGCCGCGCGAAGCUUUUCCGGAUUCAUCCACCAAAUAGAAUAUUAUCACAAAUAAGCUUAUUGAAAUAUCAAAAGCAUAUAUUUUAAAUUGUAUUAAAUUCGCUUUAAAUGUACGUAUAUUGUAUGUAUGUAUGUAAUUAUGCUUAAUCGGCAAUAUUUAUAGUUUUACAUUCUUAUGUUGCAAUCGAUAAAUUUAAUGUGAUAUGAUUGUAUAUAUUAUAUAUACAGAUAUAUAUGUAGCUAAAUUAAACAAUAAGAUAAUUAAUAACACGA